AUGAACGAAGCAAAGGUGUCCAUGUUAAUUCUGGGUUUCGGUUGGAGUGGUCCAUUUCUCAAAGAGGUGUUGACACAGCAAGCUAUUCCUUAUUCUGCAACAACACGCGAUGGGCGAAACGACACGAUUGCAUGGGAGCUUCCACCACAAGACGAUCAAGAGGUUGAUGUGUCAGCGUUACCAGCAGCAAUGACAGUAUUGGUUACGUUCCCUGUGCGUUCGGCAAGGAGCAUGGAAAAGCUGAUGGAUGCUUAUGAAGCUCGACAUCAUGAUGGUCUACAACAACAAGUGCAAUGGAUAUUAUUAUCAUCAACACGCGUCUAUGAUGGUGACAAGUGUGAUCGACAUGGCCCUAUGAAUCUUGACAAGGAUAGCUCCGGGAGAACGGAGGGAGAAAAAGUGACAUUGGCACGUGGAGGUACUGUGGUUCAUCUUGCUGGUUUAUGGGGUGCUCAAAGACAACCACGCAACUGGGUUUCUCGAUUCUCUACUCCAGAAGCACUACGUGGCAAAUUAUUACAGCGUCAGCUGCAUUUGAUUCAUGGUCAAGAUGUUGCUCGAGCCUUGGUAUUGGGUGUCCAUGGGCAAUUUGCAAAGACAAAGGGACAACGAUGGAUAGUCACAGAUGGUGGAUGCUACGAUUGGGUCAAACUGAUUCUAGCGUGGGGAAGCCAAGAACAAGUCGAGACAACCCAGAAAUUGAUUCCUUCAGUGCUUGGCACCAGCAACAACACAACCACUAUUUACGAUCUUGUCGAUCCUAAUAACGGCGUCAUCAUCCAUCCACGGCUGGAUUCAACUGAGUUUUGGGAUACAUUUGGUCUGAAACCCACGCAAUUCCUUCAGGUGCCUUGA